AUGUCCCUGAAGGAUAUCUCCAUACCCUCCAAAUCUGCCAUCCUCCACACCAUCAAACAAACCUCUUUCUUCCUCCUCCCGACUUUCGUUCAAACCACCAUUCGCCCUUCCGACCAGCCUCCAAAACCCCUCCAUCCAACCGCAUGGCUAGACGGCAUGCGCGGAAUCGCCGCUUUCCUCGUCUUCAUCUUCCAUAUCUCCUACGCCACCCACGACGUCGCUACCGCAUAUGCCCCCGAUGGCGGAAAAACCGAUCUCCUCCGCUUGCCGAUUGUCCGUUUUCUUUACCAUGGUCCUGCUAUGGUGAGCAUCUUCUUCGUGCUCUCUGGAUAUGCAUUGAGCUAUAAGCCUGCAAAACAAAUACGAAAGGGAGAAACAGAUGCAUUGCUGAAGGGCUUGUCGUCAUCGGUGGUGAGGAGGUGGAUGCGAUUGUAUUUGCCUUGUGUGGCAUCUACAUUGUGUAUUGUGGUGAUAGUGAGGCUGGGUGGAUAUGAUUGGACGAGGGAGCUUGCGAAUGACGGGAAGAGGUUGACGGGGUAUAGGGAUAGACAUGCUUGGCGGUAUGACACUUUUGUAGAGCAAAUGUGGCAUUGGGGGAGUAGCUUCUUGGGGUUUGCGAAUCCGUUUACGGGCAAGAGGAUGUAUUUGGAUGGACAUUUGUGGACGAUUCCGCUUGAAUUUAGAGCAUCCAUUAUUCUAUACGCCACUCAACUCGGUGUAUGCCGCCUUCGCACCAGAUAUCGCGUGGGCAGUCUACUCUGCUUGAUGGCUUGGGCCCACUACAUCGAUAACUGGGUAGUCCUCCUCUUCUACGCCGGUUUCUUGCUCGCCGAACUCGAUAUCCGAAGGACCGCACUCGCCGCGUCGACGACUUUCAGCACGACUCUUGCACCACCGAAGCCUAAUCUGCUCUGGACUAUCCUCUACACUCUAACCUUCAUAGGCGGCCUCUACCUCGGCGGCCAGCCAGAACAACAUUGGGAACACGCACCAGGCUGGAUGACAUUGUGGUCACUCAUCCCUCCAUACAUCCACGAUCGCCAUCGCUACUGGACUGGCUGGGGCGCUUUACUUCUCGUCUGGUCAACGUCGAACUCAGGCAUUCUGCAACGCAUCUUCACCAACGCCUUUACCCAGUACCUUGGCAAGAUUUCAUUUUCGUUGUACUUGGUGCAUGGCUUCGUUAUACACACUGCUUACUAUGCAUUCAUUGAAGUGCUUUGGGGUGUCAUUGGCGAUGAGACGGAUAUGCAGAAGGAGGUGUCGUUUGCGGUUGCGCUUGUGGUGGUGACGGGGGUAUUGGUGUGGGUGUCUGAUGUUUUUACGAGGGCUGUGGAUGUGCCUUCGGUCAAGUUUGCGAGGUGGGUGGAGGGCAGGAUGAUUGCGAAACCGAGGACGGUGAAGGAGGAACCGGCUUAG